AUGGAAAAGAAGAGUAAGUCCACUAACGUUUAUGUUGCUGAAUUGAUGCGAUUGAAAAAAGGACAAGAGUCUCGAGUAGAAAAAGAAGAAACGACUCAAUUAGCAGUUCAACCAAAGAAAAAACGAAUACGAAGACAGAAACUAGAGCUUGAGUAUUUACGAAACUUAGUGGGUCAACUAGGAGAGCAGCUUUCAACGCUCGAAGCCAAGCAAACUUCAGUCUUGAGCGAUAAGAGCAAACUAUCGCCUGAAAUGAAUGCUCCGUCAAUUUGGAAGGGAAUUGCAGAGCGACAGUUGAAGGACCGAGCUCGAGUGGAGGAGCAGAACCGAAAACUACGUUCAUCCUUAAAUGGACAAAUUAAACUGGCCACUAAGCUGGAAAAGAUAUUGCGUAAGCGUCCAAGGGACGAGGAAAUAGCGGUGUUACUGGAUGCAAAACGCGUCAAGCCGUUGAUGAGUAAAAUAAUGAACCCAACGGAUGAUGAAAUUUUUGCCGACCAGCUCGCACAUGUUCAAUGUGCUCACCUUGUCGUGGAUAAGAUUUUUGGCGAACAAGAAUUCCUAGAUCCGAGUGCUACGUUUCAUCACUUACAAGUGAUAAAUGACUUUCAGCCAAACACGGAUGUAGAAUUUAUAAAGAAAGCUAGCUCAAUGUUGCCGUUUAACAUUCAAGUGACGGAGAAGGCAUUAUGGCGUGCUCUUGCUGAAGAAGGCACUAAGAAGGACAGCUACUUUCUUGAUCGACGAUCAUCGACAGCAAGCAUCGUGGCUCAAUCUUACGGUCUCAACUUUCGGGCUGGGAAUUUUCACACCAACGUGCUUGGAAAGGAAACGUACCGGAAAUAUAAAGAGGAGAACUGUGUUGUUAUUAUGUGGAAGUGGGUUGUGGAUCCGAUUGAGGUCAACGGCACAGAUUUUCACGGGGUGCGGUGCCACGAAACGGGCUGGAUCAGGCUUCGCGAAGUAAACUUGGACCGAUUCAGCAGCGAUAACGAUCAUGAAAGCAGCGAUAUUAAAUCGUCAACUUCGACGCAGCUGCAGUCAUAUACAAAAAUGACGAUGCAGUUUCAAGAUGACAUUGGUAAUCAAGAGCUUCAAGUUGGUGCGCUGACAGAUUUUGUAAUUUAUCUCCACGAUACAAUCACGGAAGUUUGUAGCAAGAUUGUUACCGACAUACUUGUGGAAGAAGACUGGAAUCACAAUAGUUGGGUCAGCACGAUGCAAUUGUAG